GCAAGACGUUCGACAUUACGUACGUCAGGCUGUUCUAUCACUCCCCAAGACCCGAGUCCUUCGCUAUCUUCAAACGCACCGACGACGAUAAGGAGUGGGUUCCUUAUCAGUACUACAGCGCCACCUGCCGCGACACCUACGGGAUCCCGGACUCGAACUACGUGCGGCGCGAGGACGAGACCCGCGCCCUCUGCACAUCCGAGUUCUCCGACAUCUCGCCCUUGACUGGAGGAAACGUCGCCUUUUCCACGCUGGAGGGGAGGCCGUCGGCGUACAACUUCGAGAAGAGCUCCGAGUUGCAGGACUGGGUGUCGGCCAAAGCCAUCCGCAUUGUGCUCGACCGCCUCAACACCUUCAGAGAUGAGGUCUUCGGUGAUCCUCGAGUACUCAAGUCCUACUUCUACGCCAUCACAGACUUCGCCGUCGGUGGCAGUUUCAAAGACAGUCCUUUGGCGCGUGUCCUAAAACUUCAGCCAAGACAAAAACUACCAGUAUGCAAGUGCAACGGCCACGCCUCGGAGUGCGUAGCCUCGACGGGACUCGGGGGCGAAGUGGAGCUGGUGUGUCGCUGCGAACACAACACGGCGGGCAACGACUGCAACGAGUGCUUGCCCUUUUAUAACGACGCUCCCUGGGCACGAGCCACGGCCACCGAUGCCCACGAGUGCAAGGAUGCUUCGGCAGUACAUGUGCCAAAAUUGAAUACCAGACCCCGAGUAGGUGGUGUUAGUGGAAGGUGUGUCGCCAGCGGGCAGAGAUGCAGUUAG